GCAAUGUGACAUCAUCAGAAGCUCAGGAGCCACUGGGACCUUGGGAGCUUCACACCUCAGUAACACCACAGAGGGGCCCAAGACAGCCAGGCCAUGAGAUCUUAGGCCAUGUCGAGACGUGACGUGGUCCUUACCAAUGUUACUGUCGUCCAGCUAAGGCGGGACCCAUGCCCAUGCCCAUGUCCAUGCCCAUGUCCAUGUCCAUGCCCGGGUAAGGAGAGUCCUUGGGGGUGGCCCUGGGAAGAGGAGGCCCCUCCCCCUCCCCCUCCUCCGCCACCCCAACAUCCAGCUAAAGAGCUGACAGUGGGUAUCAAUGGAUUUGGACGCAUUGGUCGUCUGGUGCUGCGAGUCUGCAUGGAGAAGGGCAUUAAGGUGGUAGCAGUAAACGACCCAUUCAUUGAUCCAGAAUACAUGGUAUACAUGUUCAAAUAUGACUCUACACAUGGUAGAUACAAAGGAAAUGUGGAACAUAAGAAUGGACGACUAGUUGUGGACAACCUUGAGAUCAACGUAUACCAGUGCAAAGACCCUAAAGAAAUACCCUGGAGCUCUGUAGGGAGUCCCUACGUGGUGGAGUCUACAGGUGUAUAUCUGUCCAUUGAAGCGGCUUCGGCACACAUUUCAUCUGGUGCCAGGCGUGUGGUGGUCACUGCACCCUCCCCCGAUGCGCCCAUGUUGGUCAUGGGUGUGAACGAGAAGGACUACAACCCUGGCUCCAUGACCAUUGUCAGCAAUGCAUCCUGUACCACCAACUGCCUGGCCCCCCUCGCCAAAGUUAUUCACGAACGCUUCGGGAUUGUGGAAGGGUUAAUGACCACAGUCCAUUCCUACACGGCCACUCAGAAGACAGUGGAUGGACCAUCAAAGAAGGACUGGAGAGGGGGUCGCGGUGCUCACCAGAACAUCAUCCCAUCUUCCACUGGGGCUGCCAAGGCUGUAGGCAAAGUCAUCCCAGCACUGAACGGGAAGUUAACAGGAAUGGCAUUCCGGGUGCCAACCCCUAACGUAUCAGUUGUGGACCUGACCUGCCGCCUGGCCCAGCCCGCUUCCUACUCAGCUAUCAAGGAGGCCGUGAAAGCCGCAGCCAGGGGACCUUUGGCUGGCAUCCUUGCUUAUACAGAGGACCAGGUGGUCUCCACGGACUUUAACGGCGAUCCCCAUUCUUCCAUCUUUGAUGCUAAGGCUGGAAUUGCCCUCAAUGACAACUUCGUGAAGCUUGUUGCCUGGUACGACAACGAAUAUGGUUACAGUAACCGUGUGGUCGACCUCCUCCGCUACAUGUUUAGCCUAGAGAAGUAACACAAAAGGCCCCUCCUUGCUCCCCUGCGCACCUGCGGCUCCCCCUCAAAGGAGGGCACGCGGCUCUCGCGCCGCCGCCGGGUCAACAAUGAAAUAAAGACCAGAGUGCGCA